AUUUUGUAAGUUCUGUCAAUAAUUUCAUCCACUUUUCCUGAUUAAAUCUUACUAAGUUUCUGUCACAAGUUUCAUCAUCGAGGAAUGUGAGACAUGAUUGCUCCUUCCGGAAGAUUCUGAAGCUAAGAAUAAUGACACUUUCAUCCAAAUAAUUUCGGACUCUGGAUUCUUAAUUACAUGCUAUGAAAGCAUCAUUCGAAAUGGAUUUUGAUAUGUACGGCGGUGGAGCAAUAGGAGGUAGUGGCGUACCUCCACCCCAUCCUCCCAUGCCAGGAGUAGCCGCAAUGGCACAGGCAGCGUCUCGGCCGAUGUCGGAUUCUCGUGCAAAGACGGUGCUGAAAGAAGCAGUUGAUGCAGUGGUCAACAGUUUUGCCAAACACACCCAUGGAUAUGGACGAGUGAACGUUGUUGAGGCACUGCAGGAGUUCUGGCAGAUGAAGCAAGAUCGUGGCGCUGAUCUGAAAAAUGGCGCCCUUGUCGUGUAUGAAUCACAACCGUCCAAUAGCCCGCCAUACAUCUGUUAUGUGACAUUACCUGGGGGCAGUUGUUUUGGAAGCUUUCAGAACUGUCCAACAAAAGCUGAGGCUCGUCGCAGUGCUGCAAAAAUAGCACUGAUGAACUCUGUUUUCAACGAACAUCCGUCCAGAAAGAUCAGUGGAGAGUUCAUCGAAAAAGCUGUAGGGGAUGCUCUAGCAUCUUUCAAGGGCAAGAGGCAGGAGGCUGACAAUCCCGGCACAGGUAUCGGUGCGUUUCGCUUCAUGCUUGAGGGUAACAAGGCCCGCACAAUGUUAGAAUUCCAAGAACUUAUGACCGUCUUUCAACUCCUACAUUGGAACGGAAGUCUGAAAGCUAUGCGCGACCGUAAUUGUUCACGUCAAGAAGUUCUUGCGCAUUAUUCGAAUCGUGCUCUCGAUGACGAUAUGCGAUCGCAGAUGGCACUCGAUUGGAUAUCGCGUGAACAGGAAACCAUGGGAAUUAUUAUGCAAGAGUUGGAGAUCAGUGAACAAGAAUUGGACGGUGCGAGACUAGCUGGACGUGAGCUCCGAUUCCCUAAAGAGAAACGUGACAUUCUCAUGCUGGCUCUGAGCCAGAUAGGACCAGCGGAAAGUAUGGCUUAACCGUCAAUCUUUUUUGUGUGUUCAGUGAUGUGUGAAGCUUGGUUCACAUUCCAGUUCACGACUGCCGCUGACACUGACAUUGAAAGAAAUUUGUCUAAAGUGGUUGGGCAUCGGAGUAUAAAUCCACCUUAUUAAAGGAAGGAAGACGUUUUGUGUGGUUGAAUAUAGGGAAUUCUUGUUGCUGACAAACUUGUGUUCUGGUCUGUGAUGUGGAUUUGGUAAAGUUAUUUUUAUUUUAUUACAAAGUGAAGUCGAAUCGCAUUGUAGUGUUUUCUGCCCAACCGUUCACGUUUCUCAUACAAUCAUUUUGUAGAAUAUUGCAAAUCUAUAUUUGUCCUGUGACAGCUGAUUUUGAUGUAUCACAUGUAUAUCAAUGCUUGGAGCUAAAUUAGCAAAUUGUCAUCUUAUCACGAGUGCUUAUUUUUAUGUAGAAAUUCCUGCAGACACUUUGCCAAUACUUGUAGGCCUUCUUAAUGAUUCACAUUUCAUUUGUCGUCUUAAUGUAUUUGUAAAUAUCCAUACAAUGUGUUUUAACAUAUUUACAAUUGUAGAGUCAUUGUUUAUGUUGUCAUCUUAAUAUAAAAGUAGCAAUAACAUAUCAGAAUGAAUGAAAUUCAUUUCAGUGGCUUUGUUGGUAGUCUUGUCUGAGACAUGAUAAUGUAACAAGACUUGAUGUGUCCGGACAAACUUUUCCUUCCUUCCACUGUAUAUAUCCAUUGCAUAUCCAGUAAAUAUCAAUUGAAUCAACUUAUUUAUACAUGCAUCCAUUGAAUAGAACAAUUUUUUUAUCAUUUUGACAUCUAUUGGAUAUUCAAUGGAUGUUUUGCAAGUUUCAUAUCCAAAAGAUAUCCAUUGAAUAUAAAAUUAGCCAAAUAUCAAUUGGAUGAAAGGAAGAUUAGCCUGUGUUAUCUGUCUCAUUGCCCUUGAGUUGUCUACAUUAGUAGCAUUGUCUAGGUGAAUGGUAAACUCUGUGCAGCUCUUCCUCACUUUCCAAACUUUUUGUAAUAUUUCAGAGGGGAAUGAUCCUAUUGCUG